GCUAUAAAAGAGAUCAAAGCAAGCCUAUGUUGUGAUAGCCAAAUAUUCCAUUACGUAUGGCUGGCCUUUCAGACUUGGUUGACGGUUAUUCUCUCUGCACAUCUUUAGAACCUAAAAAAGAAAUUGAGGAAUUAGCAAUAUUGCAUAUAGAUGAAGAAAAUGCACAUAAUUCAAAAGAUGAUGCACUGCUAGAUAAUAUUUUUGAAUUAAGGGAGCAAAAUGAGUUUAAAAUGGCCCAAGAAGAAAACUGCUUAGUUCUGAAUGAAGAAACCAUUGCAAAAGAACAUUCCACGCCAGCUAUACAGCAAACAGAAUCUCGGGGAUUCAUGGAUUUAAAAUCCAACAUAAUUAAAAAUUCCUAUAAAAAUGGGGACUUGAAAAUGUCUAAUAACCUAAAAGGCAUAUUCACCUGCCACACAAGCUCAGUAGAACAAGUUUACUGUUUGUGGAACAAGUCAAAAUAUUGCUGCUGCAAUACGGAGACAAACAGGGAUGCUAGACUGACUUCAGAAGAUGAACCUUUUGACGAUUGUCUCAACUAUUUGGAAUGUUCAGAUGUAAUGACGGAUUAUACCAAUGAGGUUUGGCAGCAUGCUCUGCUAGUUGAUGAUCCUGUAUUUUUACUGGAAAAUUACCAGGCUGAUGAGCUAAAUGAGACAAAAGUAAGCCAGGAUUGCCUAAAUGGGUGUGAUCCAUUCCACUGUGGUGUGUCUUGUGUGAAGGAAGUGUCAGAUGACACACUGCCAAUGGAAGUAUUUACUGACCUCCCUGACAGUCACUCACAAUCAUCAGAAGAAGUUGUAAAAAAAGAUCUCUCCAGGGACUGUCUGAAAGCUUUUCAGCCAGAGAUGGUAAUUACUGUGGAACACAAACAGGAUGAAAUGCCCAGAGUUAAAAGUAAAGAGAGGUGUAAGCUAGCCUUGGCUGCAGCAGCAAUUCAAAAUGACCAAGCCGGGAUUGAAGAGGAGAACAAGGAAAAUAGCAGAAGAGGAGAUGUAUCUACUUCUAGUAAAGCGAGCAAUAUCAAUGCAUUUAAUAAACUGUUUCCAACUAAUGGAAUAGAUCAAAAAGAUUUAAACUUAAGGACGGACGAGUCAAUAGAAAAUCCUCGAAUCCAUGUGUGUUCACAAGACAUUCGAGAAAGUGGAGUACCCAUUUCACAAGAGGAUAAACCAGCCCUUCUUGAUGAGGAAACUCAUGGAGUAAGGACAGACCAGUGUCAGAAGGACAGGUUAAACAAUACCCACAACAAACUCAGUAAUGAGGAAAUUAAAGGUUUAAUAGAGGAGGGAGCACCGGAAUGCCCAGAACAGAUGGAUACAAAGUAUAAAUGUGCAAUGGAAAGUGAAGGAAGAAUCUGCAAAGAAAACAAGGAUUUCUCUGGAAAUACAACACUUACAGAAAUAGUUCAUCCAAUGCCUGAUGGCUUUUGCUGCAAAACUAUUGACCAAUGUAUUGAACCUGGCCAAAGUCAAGAGAAAGGAAUUUGUACAAACAAAAAGAAAAUUGAACAGAUAAGUAUUCUGGAGGAUGAAAAUAAACAAAAAUCAGAUAACUCAGCUGCAACAUUAAGUGAGUCUGAUAAAGAAAAAGGAGACAUAAUAAGCUGUUUCACAGAGAUGGCUCAAUCAAAAAAUGAUAAUUCAGCCAAAUUAAUGAUAGUUUGUCCUGCACAUAAAAUGAAGCAUAAGAAAAAACAUAACUGUCUGAAAAAUGCUGAAGACUCUUUCAGCAAAAAUAAAGAGCGUGAAGGUUUUCACAAGAAUUCCAUGGAUCUAUCUCCAACUGCUGGAAAGGGUAAAACACAUGAAACCAUAGAAAAUAUUCCAUGCGCUACAACUCUUCUUGGUAACAAAUGUCCUGAGGGAAAAAUUACGAGGUCUGAGAAACCUAAGGAAAGUGUGGACUGCAGACUUGUGGAAUUACAAAAAAUGCUCAACACAGGUUCAGUGGAUAAUACAAGCACACUUAACAAUGGUUGUGGUCAAGUAAUACAAGAUAACUCAGUGGAUACGACAGAGAUACCUACAAACCUUCAUGUCCUAAAAGACAAUGUUAUAUGUUUAGGAACUGAUGAACAAGCUGAACGUUUGGACCUCGAUAGUGGAAGUGUGCUUGUUGAUAGAACUAUUAAUACAUCACAAUGUAAAAGCAAUAGAAAAGAAACACAUUUAUCAAAAACUGAUUCACAAACCAAAAAGAAACCAAGAAACUCUUCUUCAUGGAAUAACAGCUGCAUUUUAAAUAGAGACGUAGAUCAUGUAAAUGGCAACAAAACCUUAAAAUGUAAUCCAAACCAUAGUCCUAAAACCCAGCUGAACAAAUGUUUUGAGCAAAGAGAACUUUUUAGCCCCAAGGAGUUAAAUGCCAAGGCAUCUGUAAGUGGUUCCCUUGCUAGUAAUUCCGCGGGAGUUGAUGGUACCUGUUCACCAAAUACAAAGGAUUAUAUUCUGAGUGCUCCGGAGUUCAUACUUGUUUGCAAAGUUUCUGAUACAGUGAGUGGAACAGGAGACCUUGCUAACCUUGAUCCACAAUAUUCAACAAAUGUGGCAAGCGUGACAGAUAACAAAAUAUCAACACAUGGUACAGAAAAUAAAGUGGCCAAAAAAAAGUUAAAAGCUCAGGAAAAAGGGCUAUCCAAAAAUUCAAAAUGUAUUGAAAGGCAGUCGUCACUGGUGGUUACUGAGUUAUUGCCAGGAGGUGAAGAACAAAGAGACAAGAAAGAGAGUGCUACAGCAUCUAUAAAUGACAAUAAAAAAGCUCCCCAAUUAAUUUGCACAAUCCAUGCGGAGGUGUUUCCUGACUCAUCUGGAAACUUGAAAUUACAUUGUUGCUUUGGUGAAAUCCAUGCGGACUCCACGGUUACAUGGACUAAGGAUUCCAAGCUACUUGCUCGAAUACACAGAAGUGCAAAUGAUGACUCGCCGGUAUCUCUGGCAAUUAGCCAAACCAGUCAAAGGGACCAGGGGUUGUAUCAAUGUAGUCUGAAAAACGUGUAUGGGAAAGCAAGUGCUGAAUUCCAGUUGACUUCUGAAGUGUUGGAACAGCUGUCACGCUCUCAGGAUAUUGAAGGUGGCGAGGAGAUUGAAUUCAAUCAGCUUUUGUUCAGAGAAGACUUUAUCACCGAUAUGUACUUUGGAGGAAACCUACAGGGAAAAAUAGUGACAGAGGAUUUGCAUUUUGGAGAAGGAGUUCACCGGAAGGCAUUCAGGAGUAAAGUUAUGUGCGGCCUGCUGCCUGUUUUUAACCCUGGUCACCUCUGUGUCCUUAAAGUCCACAAUGCGAUAGCAUAUGGCACCAAGACUAAUGAUGAACUUGUCCAACGGAAUUACAAGCUUGCUGUACAGGAAUGCUAUGUUCAAAAUACUGCUCGAGAAUACGCAAAGAUUUACGCAGCAGAAGCAGAACAGCUGGAGGAGUUUGGAAAAGUACCUGAGAUAAUUCCUAUAUUUCUCAUUCAUCGACCAGCAAACAAUAUCCCGUAUGCAACAGUUGAAGAAGAGCUUAUUGGAGAUUUUGUGAAAUAUUCUGUUAGGGACGGGAAGGAAAUCAAUGUCUUGAGAAGAGAUUCCGAAGCCGGGCAGAAAUGUUGUACUUUCCAGCACUGGGUAUAUGAGAAGACAAAUGGCAACUUGCUGGUCACUGAUAUGCAAGGUGUUGGAAUGAAGUUAACAGAUGUUGGCAUAGCAACAAUAGCCAAAGGAUACAAGGGGUUCAAAGGAAACUGCUCUGGAUCUUUUAUUGAUCAGUUUAAAGCCUUGCAUCUGUGCAACAAGUAUUGUGAAAUCCUGGGUUUAUGCUCCCUAAAAGUGAGCCAAAAACAAAAGAAGCCAGCUCAGGUCAAAGAGAAAUCGCAGCCAAACCCACCCAGCUCCAAAAAAUCAAAGCAUGGUACAAAGGCAAAAACCAAGAUGUAGUGUUCAGCUC